GAGCCUUAUCGCGGAGGUCAAACCGCGGUCAAAGGAGCUCAGGAAGUUUUCAAAGGUUCUCCUGGAAAAAGAAGCAAAACCAGCCAGAGGAGGGGAGCGUUAUCUAGCAAAGAACCACCCCGACAUGUAGAAAUUAUGAACGCAACUAAAUUAACCCCCACUGAAACUAAAUAUUUAAGAAUAUUAGGUAAAAAACAUAUCCUUUUACCAACCAAAUAUAAAAAGCCCUUAGUGGCUGGAUGA